UAACAGCUGAGUGAGAGUUUGAGGUUAUGAUUUGAAAUUGAAUAAUGUUUGAUAUAACAUUGAUUAAUAAACUUACUAACAUUAACUGAAUUAAUGAUGGGAAAAAUGAUACAUUAUACCAGGCUGCUGAGGAAUACAAGUGUUUUACCAAAUACAUGGUUUUAUACAAGCUUAAUAGGUAAGCGCUUGAAAUGCUCAGAUUCUGGAAACAGCGGUUUUGAAGUGGACAAGAUCAGGAACUUUAGUAUUGUGGCGCACGUCGAUCAUGGAAAAAGCACCCUUGCUGAUAGGUUACUUGAAUUAACUGGUGUUAUAAAGCCAGGCACAGAACAUGCACAAAUCCUGGAUAAUUUGCAGGUCGAAAGGGAGAGAGGGAUCACUGUGAAAGCUGUUACAGCAUCAUUGGAUUAUACACACAAUAAUGAGAAAUAUCUACUGAACCUGAUAGAUACACCUGGACAUGUAGACUUCUCUAAUGAGGUGGUUCGUAGUGUUACUGCUUGCCAAGGGGUAAUACUAUUGGUUGAUGCAAAUGAGGGUAUUCAAGCCCAAACUGUUGCUGUCCAUUCUUUAGCCAAGAAAAACAACUUAGUGAUAAUCCCAACUUUAAACAAAGUAGAUCUACCUAGAGCUGAUCCUGACAAAGUGAAGGCACAACUAAAAUCUGUAUUUAAUAUAGAACCAGACACAGUAAUGAGUAUAUCUGCAAAAAAAGGUUGGGGUGUUAAGGAGUUGUUAGAGGCUGUAAUACAAAGAAUUCCCCCUCCACAAGUAAAUAAUGACGAUCACUUUAGAGCCCAUAUAAUAGACACAUGGCAUGACAAAUACAGAGGAGUUCUAUGCUUGGCAUAUAUCCAUUCUGGCAAGGUCAGAGUUGGCCAAUCAGUAAGAUGGAGGUCUGAUACUAAGCAGCAUUCUGUGAAAUAUUUGGCACUUCUGAGACCUAAAGAGGAAGCAAUAGAAGAAGCUGUGGCUGGUCAAGUGGUAAUGGUAGGUUGUGGGCCAAGAGGAGGUGGUAAUGUCGGCGAUCAAUUGCUUGCCAUCGAGUGCUCAGAGAAUGCUAAUGCCAGCAGCAUGCCAGCUAUAAGACACAUGGUAUAUGCUGGUAUAUUUCCAGCUGAUCAAUCUCAACACACACUCCUCAGUGAUGCUAUUAAGAAACUGGCCUUAAAUGAUUCUGCUGUGUCUGUAAAGAAUGAUACUAGUCCUGCACUAGGCCAAGGCUGGAGAGUUGGAUUCUUAGGUCUACUCCACUUAGAUGUGUUCACUCAGCGUCUAUUACAAGAAUAUAAGGCGGAAGCUAUACUGACUGCCCCUUCUGUUCCAUAUAAAAUAAAAGUACAAGGAGCUAAAGCUAUUAAAGAAUUUAAAGGUGAAGAAGUUAUUAUAACAAAUCCCUUGUCAUUGCCCGAAGCUUCGAAUAUUGCUGAAUAUUUCGAACCAUUUGUAAUAGGUACCAUAAUAACACCAGUCGAGUAUAUCGGGCCAGUCACUACACUUUGCAUAGACCGUCGAGGCACGCCCCUUCCCUCCAGUGCUGUGGAUGACCAAAUGACAAUGAUGCAAUUUAUACUGCCACUAUCCGAGGUCGUAAUUGAUUUUCACGAUACUCUAAAAAGUAUAACUUCAGGAUUUGCCAGUUUCGAUUACCAGGAUUAUGGAUUUCACCCCAGUGCAUUAGUUAGAAUGGAUAUCCUACUCAAUGGUGUUUUAGUCGAGGAGUUAUCGACUAUUGUGCACGUCAGCCGCCUAGAGUACAAUGCUAGAAGACUCACCGAAAAACUGAAAGAAAUGAUUCCCCGUCAGAUGGUACAGGUCGCAAUCCAAGCUGUGGUAUCUGGAAAAGUUUUUGCUAGGGAAACUAUCAAAGCUUAUAGGAAAGAUGUUACUGCAAAACUGUAUGGUGGAGAUGUGACGAGAAGAAAAAAGUUACUGAAACAACAAGCAGAAGGGAAAAAGAAAAUGAGAAGUGUUGCCAACAUUAAAAUACCCAGAAAUACAUUUAUAGAUGUACUAAAAAAAUGAUUUAAUAAAUUAUAAUAUGAGCUUUAAUAA